CCGAGUUGAACUGUCAAACCAACGUGUCAGUUCAGCAGAAAAAACUCUUUUGUUUCCGGCCAUCGCACAGUCGUUCUCUUUUCACUUGUAAUCGUCGUCAAGUGCGGUCGCACAACGCAGCAUUAUGGCAACCAAAGUGUCGAAGGACAUCCUGUACGAAUGCGUCAACGAGGUGCUGAAGGGCUCCAAGAAGAAGCACCGCCGCUUCCUGGAGACCGUGGAACUCCAAAUCGGUCUGAAGAACUACGAUCCCCAGAAGGACAAGCGUUUCUCGGGCACUGUCAAGCUGAAGUACAUCCCGCGCCCGAAGAUGCAGGUGUGCGUCCUCGGAGACCAGCAGCACUGCGAUGAGGCCAAGGCUAACGAUAUUCCUUACAUGGAUGCCGAAGCCCUGAAGAAGCUGAACAAGAACAAGAAGUUGGUCAAGAAACUAGCCAAGAAGUACGACGCCUUCCUGGCCUCGGAGUCGCUCAUCAAGCAGAUUCCCCGUCUGCUCGGACCCGGUCUGAACAAGGCUGGUAAGUUCCCUGGUCUGUUGGCCCACAGCGAAUCGAUGGUGCAGAAGAUCGACGAGGUCAAGGCCACCAUCAAGUUCCAGAUGAAGAAGGUCCUGUGCCUGUCCGUGGCCGUUGGACACGUCAAGAUGAACCCCGACGAGCUGGCCCAGAAUGUGCAUUUGUCGAUCAACUUCCUGGUGUCGCUGCUGAAGAAGCACUGGCAGAACGUCCGCUCGCUGCACAUCAAGUCCUCGAUGGGAGCCGCCCAGCGUCUGUACUAAGAAGAAGCACGGAACGGGUCGAUUGGUACCAUUUUACGGUACCAAACUCUGAAAAUAAGUAUAUGUAAGGUACUUUUUGCGAUGUGAAUACAAUCGGAUCGUUGCGAAAAGGAA